AUGGCGACGACUUCGUCCAUGUUUAUGUAUUCGUUGACGAUACAGCCUCCCACUGCCGUCACGCAAGCUAUAUUGGGUCAAUUCGCAGGAACCAAGGAGCAGCAGAUCAUAACCGCGUGCGGUUCUCGUCUGACUCUGCACAGACCCGACCCAACGCAGGGCAAGAUUACAGAUAUUCUUUCGCAUGAUGUCUUUGGCAUUGUUCGAACGCUGGCAGCGUUUCGUCUCGCUGGCAGCUCAAAAGAUUACAUUAUCGUUGGCUCCGACUCUGGCCGUAUAACUAUUCUUGAAUACGUCCCAUCUCAAAACCGUUUCAGCCGGUUACAUCUCGAAACCUUCGGCAAGUCCGGAGUCCGUCGAGUUGUUCCGGGACAGUAUCUCGCUGUCGAUCCUAAGGGUAGAGCAUGUUUGAUUGCAUCGGUCGAGAAGAACAAGCUGGUUUAUGUUCUGAACCGCAAUGCGCAAGCCGAACUCACUAUUUCGUCGCCGCUUGAGGCCCACAAAGCUCAAACACUUGUCUUUGCCAUGGUGGGCAUGGAUGUGGGUUAUGAGAAUCCGGUCUUUGCUGCAUUGGAGGUUGAUUACUCUGAAUCAGACCAGGAUCCCACCGGUCAGGCUUAUGAAGAAUUGGAGAAAUCCCUCGUCUUCUACGAACUCGACCUUGGUCUCAACCAUGUCGUUCGCAAAUGGUCUGAUCCCGUUGACCGGACUGCAAACAUGCUUUUCCAAGUUCCUGGUGGCGCCGAUGGUCCAAGUGGAGUUUUGGUGUGCGCUGAGGACAACAUCACUUACAGGCACUCCAAUCAGGAUGCGUUCAGGGUGCCCAUCCCUAGACGUAAAGGUGUUACAGAAAACCCGGAAAGGAAACGAUCCAUCACAGCCGGUGUCAUGCACAGGAUGAAGGGUGCCUUCUUCUUCCUGCUCCAGAGUGAGGAUGGUGAUUUAUUCAAGGUGACCAUCGACAUGGUGGAAGAUGACAAUGGCCAGGCCACGGGCGAGGUUAGACGGUUGAAGAUCAAGUAUUUUGACACCGUGCCAAUUGCUACGAGCCUUUGCAUCCUCAAAAGCGGUUUCCUCUUCGUCGCCAGCGAGACGGGUAAUCAUCAUUUUUACCAGUUCGAGAAGCUCGGUGACGACGAUGAGGAGCAGGAGUUUGACAGUGACUCAUUCUCUCCUGACAUUCAUGAACCUUACACCCCCGUCUUCUUCUAUCCUCGCCCGCAUGAAAAUCUCAAUCUUGUUGAGAGUAUCGAUUCUAUGAAUCCUCUGCUGGACUGCAAGGUAGCCAAUCUUACAGAUGAAGAUGCCCCCCAGAUCUAUUCCAUUUGCGGCACAGGAGCUCGCAGUACUUUCCGUACAUUGAAGCACGGUCUGCAAGUAUCCGAAAUCGUUGAAUCGGAACUGCCAAGUGUUCCCUCGGCUGUGUGGACUACCAAACUCACUCAGAACGAUGAAUUCGACGCCUAUAUCAUUUUGUCGUUCACGAAUGGAACGCUUGUACUUAGCAUUGGCGAAACCGUUGAGGAGGUUACAGAUACUGGAUUCCUGUCCUCGGCACCAACGCUUGCUGUGCAACAGCUGGGCGAGGAUGCUCUCAUUCAAGUCCAUCCCAAGGGCAUCCGGCAUAUCCGCGCCGAUAGGCGCGUCAACGAGUGGCCAGCUCCUCAGCAUCGGUCCAUUGUUGCUGCCACCACCAACGAGAGACAAGUCGCUAUUGCACUGAGCUCUGGAGAGAUUGUUUACUUCGAGAUGGACAGUGAUGGCUCAUUGGCGGAGUAUGACGAAAAACGUGAGAUGAGUGGUACUGUCACAUGUCUUAGCCUCGGAGAAGUGCCUGAAGGUCGAGUGCGGAGCCCAUUCCUUGCUGUCGGCUGCGAUGACUCGACUGUGCGAAUCCUUAGUUUAGAUCCGGAUUCGACUCUUGAGAAUAAGUCCGUGCAAGCGCUGACCUCCGCCCCUUCCGCUCUGUCUAUCAUGUCUAUGGCGGAUUCUUCCUCGGGUGGAUCGACCCUCUAUCUCCACAUUGGAUUGUAUUCUGGUGUCUACCUACGAACUGUCCUUGAUGAAGUGACUGGAGAACUCUCGGAUACAAGGACUCGCUUCCUGGGUCCCAAGCCGGUCAAACUGUUCAGAGUCUUGGUGAAGGGCCAGACAUCAGUACUUGCACUGAGUUCUCGGCCAUGGCUGGGUUACUCUGAUCUGCAGACGAAGAGCUUCAUGCUCACACCUCUUGACUAUGUCGGUCUCGAAUGGGGUUGGAACUUUAGCAGCGAGCAAUGUUUGGAGGGUAUGGUCGGCAUUCAAGGCCAGAAUCUCAGGAUCUUCUCUAUCGAGAACCUCUCCAGUAACCUCCUGCAAGAGAGCAUACCUCUCACUUAUACACCUCGCCACUUUGUUCGACAUCCCGAACAGCCUUUGUUCUACGUUAUUGAAUCAGACAACAAUGUUUUGUCACCGGCUACCAAGGAGCGAUUAUUAAAUGACCCUGCGAAACCUGUCGUUAACGGAGAUGCUACGGUCUUGCCUCCUGAGGAUUUUGGAUACCCCCGAGGACAGGGUCAUUGGGCCUCUUGUGUUCAAAUUGUCGAUCCUGUCAGUGGCAAAGAAGUUGUCAAGUCCUUCGAGCUGGAGGAGAAUGAGGCAGCAAUCAGUGUUGCUGUUGUAUCCUUUUCCAGUCAGGAUGACGAACCUUUCUUAGUUGUUGGCACAGGAAAAGACAUGGUGGUAAAUCCGAGGUCAUUCACCUGUGGCUUUAUUCACGUCUACCGCUUCCAAGAUGAAGGGAGAGACCUGGAAUUCAUCCACAAAACCAAAGUCGAAGAGCUACCGUACGCACUCCUUGCCUUCCAGGGCCGAAUGCUCGCUGGCGUUGGACCAAAUUUACGCAUCUUCGACCUUGGUAUGCGUCAGCUUCUGCGAAAAGCACAGGUGCAGGCUGUUCCAAACCUCAUUGUGGGGCUUUCGACUCAGGGUAGCAGGAUUAUUGUCAGUGAUGUUCAGGAGAGUGUCGUCUAUGUGGUCUACAAGUUCCAGGAGAACCGACUGAUUCCGUUUGUGGACGAUUCCAUUGCUCGAUGGACCACAUGCACGGCCAUGGUCGACUAUGAAACCGUUGCUGGUGGCGACAAGUUUGGCAAUAUUUGGCUCCUUCGUUGCCCUCAGAAAGCAUCUGAAGAGGCCGAUGAGGAAGGCUCGGGUGCUCAUCUUAUUCAUGAACGAGCCUAUCUUCAGGGCACGCCGAACCGGUUGGCUCUGAUGGCACACUACUAUUCGCAAGAUAUCCCGACGAGUGUUCACAAGACGCAACUCGUCGCGGGAGGUCGGGAUUUGCUUCUGUGGAGUGGACUGCAGGGUACCCUCGGCAUAUUGGUUCCUUUUGUCGGCCGUGAAGACGUCGACUUCUUCCAGACGCUGGAACAGCACAUGCGGACUGAGGAUGCUCCGCUGGCUGGAAGAGAUCACCUGAUAUAUCGCAGCUAUUAUGCGCCCGUUAAAGGCGCCAUUGAUGGAGACUUAUGCGAACGCUAUACUCUUCUACCAACUGACAAGAAGUUGAUGAUUGCUGCCGAACUUGACCGUUCUGUUCGUGAGAUCGAGCGCAAGAUUUCGGAUAUGCGCACUCGUGUAGCAUAUUAA